GACUUGAUUUAGGGCAUGCACCAGCGAUAAGAUUCUCAUAUUUACAGUUUUUUGGGGGGGUAUUUAUGGCGAAGACCUCCGGUUGCUGGUGAGUAGUCAGUGUUUAAUUAACCAGCAAAGACCAAACUUCUCAUCACACUAUGAGAGGUUUUUGUUUGCUCUUGGUGAUAUCCAUCAUUGUUAUGCUUCUCUUUCUGUCAAUGGAGCAUCUGGCAGAGCGCCCCGGCUGGCCUGCUUUCAAAGGAAGAGAAAGAUCUAGAGGAGAAGAUGGCUUGUUUGACAGUAACACUUCAUUAUUUCAAAAGAAAGGAGCGGUGUUUUCCCCUGCACACAAGACAGAUUUGGUUGAGUCACCCAAAAGCAGCGGUUUCACAACACCAAAAAGGGAUCAGAGGCCAAAGUCUCCAAAUCCUGAGACUCCCAUUCCUGUCAUCAGCAGAAAAUCCUUCACCAAGCUUCCUCAUUGGGAUUUUGAUGAUAAUUAUGGCCAGGAUGCCCCACCUAAACACACAAAAUGUUCCAGGUCUCUGAGGACGUCCAAGGACGAGGCCUUUCAGAAAGCUUUUCUUCCCAACAUACGUUUGUUUCUGCACAAAGACAAUAUCAACAACAGCGAGUGGAACCGACUGUCGCAUUUUAACAAUCCUUUUGGUUUUAUGGACUUCAAGUACGAAGAUGUGAUGCCUUCGUUGAAGUUGAUUCCUGAGCCCAGAGAGCCUCUGCUUCCUCCGAAACCAGGCGGGGAUGUCUGCAUUCACUGCGCUGUGGUCGGCGCCGGAGGAAUCCUCAACGGCUCUAAAAUGGGGGCUGAGAUUGAUGCUCACGACUACGUUUUUCGGGUGAAUGGUGCCGUCAUCAAGGGUCACGAGGAGGACGUGGGGAACAGGACAUCGGUGUACGUUCACACGGCGCACUCCAUCACUGCAUCGCUCAAUAUCUUCAAGAAAUACGGAUACACGUCCGCCCCUCAUGAUGAGGGUAUAAAAUACGUCUUGAUUCCUGAGGGGAUGAGGGACUUCCAGUGGCUCCAGGGUCUUCUCAAGGGAGAAAAUGUCUCUACAGGCCAAUACAAAAAUAAGGAACCGAGAGUUUAUUAUUCAGGACAAUACAACGAGAGCCGCUUCUACGUUCUGCACCAGGACUUCCUCCGAUACGUACGAAACAGAUUCUUAAUGUCGAAGAAUCUAAAUUCUACAUAUUGGGCACUUGUCCGACCAACUAACGGGGCGUUUAGUCUUUUUCUGGCUCUGCACACCUGCGACACAGUGAGCGCAUAUGGAUUCAUGACUGAAGGCUACAAAAAAUACUCCAACUACUAUUUCGAAAAGCUUGUUAAAAGCAAUGUAAUUUUCUUCAUCAACCACGACUACAAUAUGGAGAAAGAUUUAUGGAAGAGCCUCCACGACAGAAAAAUAAUAAAGCUCUAUCAGGGAACUGGAUCACAUGACGAGGGAGAAAAGCUGAACACUGAUACAACCAAAAUGUCAAUUAUGGCCCACUCGGAGAAUCUUACAAGCAACGCCUCCCCAGUUAAAAAUUAAAACCCUUUUCUGUAUACUAUGAGAACUUUAAUGUUUUGUUUUUAAUUUGUAUUUUCUAUUUAUUGUGCAGGAUUUGCUUGUGACUUGUAGUGCAGUAGUUUUAUAUUUGAAUAACAGAUGUGGACACUUUUCCACUGCUGUACGGUGCAGACUGUCAGGAAUAUUUGGAAUAAUGUUGCAUACAUACAUUGUGAAAUAUGGCCCAAAAAAAAUCCAAUAAAAUGAUAUCAAACAAGUGGUGCACGUAAGAAAUACAGGAGGAAAAAAGUGGAAGAUGCACAUAUGAAGAACUUGUAUUUAUAACACCAAAGACAGUUCUUUGUGAUUAUAUUUUGUGCAUUUUAAGUCACUAAUGCUAUGCUGAUUUUCAGUUGGAUAGUGGAUAAUACGACCAAAUAUACUGUAACCCUAGAUGAAAGCAAAAAUGCAGGUUUAAACAUUAAUAAUAAUAAAA